GAGCUGCCAGAUAGCGCUUUACGGUUAACCUGGUUCACUUAUGUUUUGUUAUGAUUUCAAUUUGUGCUUUUUAAUUGUGUGAUAGUGGAUCUGAGUUUGAGAUGCUACGGGGCGAAGUCGUUGGAUCGUUGCAAGGCCCUUAAAAUUGGGUCGUUAGGUCAAGAGAUUGAUAGAAUUAGUCAAAUAAUUCUGUUUUCUGCUGGUACCUGCAUUGCAACUGGUCAACUGGGUAGGUGACGUCACAGCGGCGGCGGACCGGGUGACGUCACACUAUGUCGUCGGUCAAGGUGGCCGUGCGCGUGCGGCCGUUCAACGGCCGAGAGAUCAGCCGCGAGUGUGACUGCGUCAUCGAGAUGGACGGCAACACCACCACUAUCACAAAUCCAAAGCAAAUAAAUGAUAACAUCAAGAGUUUUAAUUUCGACUACUCGUACUGGUCAAUAGAGCCGGCCGCCCCGCAGUUCGCAUCACAGGAGCGCGUCUAUCAGGAUAUCGGUGUCGAGAUGCUCGACCACGCCUUCGAAGGCUACAACGUCUGCAUCUUCGCGUACGGCCAGACGGGCGCGGGCAAGUCGUACACGAUGAUGGGCAAGCCGGACGGUGACCAGGAGGGUAUCAUCCCGCGGAUCUGCCGUAACCUGUUCCAGCGCAUCUCGAACGACGCCGAGCCAGAGGCGCAGUACUCUGUGGAGGUGAGCUACAUGGAGAUAUACUGCGAGCGCGUCAGGGACCUGCUCAACCCCAAGAACAAGAACCACCUGCGGGUGCGCGAACACCCGCUGCUCGGUCCGUAUGUGGAGGACCUCUCCAAGCUGGCGGUGACCGCCUACGAGGACAUCCGAGACCUAAUGGACGAGGGCAACAAGGCCAGGACGGUGGCGGCCACCAACAUGAACGAGACGUCCAGCCGGUCCCACGCCGUCUUCACCAUCAUCUUCACGCAGCGGAAGUACGACGCGGCCACCGACCUCACCUCGGAAAAGGUCAGCAAGAUCUCGCUGGUCGACCUGGCGGGGUCGGAGAGAGCCGACUCCACCGGAGCCAAGGGCACCCGGCUGAAGGAGGGAGCCAACAUCAACAAGUCGCUGACCACCCUCGGAAAGGUCAUCUCGGCACUUGCUGAAGUGGCGUCCAAGAAGAAGAAGAAGGCCGAGUUCAUCCCGUACCGCGACUCGGUGCUGACCUGGCUGCUGCGGGAGAACCUGGGCGGCAACAGCAAGACGGCCAUGGUGGCCGCCCUCUCCCCGGCAGACAUCAACUACGACGAGACGCUCUCCACGCUGCGGUACGCGGACAGGGCCAAACAGAUCGUCUGCAAGGCUGUGGUGAAUGAGGACGCCAACGCCAAGCUGAUCAGAGAGCUGCGGGAGGAGAUCAGCCGGCUGCACGACCUGCUCAAGGUCGAGGGCAUCCAGGUGGACUCGGACGGGACCGUUAAUUAUUCCAAUAAUAAGCCCAAGUCGAAUUCCGCUGCCGACGAGGGCUCGGCAGAGGCCAGCGGCACCAGCAAUGUCACCAAGGACGCCGUCCACCAGCUGCAGGUCAACGAGAAAAUCAUGGCAGAGCUCAGUGAGACCUGGGAGGAGAAGCUGAAGCGCGCCGAUGACGUGCGUCAGUACCGGGAGACGGUGUUCGCUGAGAUGGGUAUCGCGCUCAAGGAGGACGGCAAGACGGUCGGCAUCUUCUCGCCGAAACAGACGCCUCACCUGGUGAACCUGAACGAGGACCCGUCCAUGUCCGAGUGUCUCAUCUACUACAUCAAGGAGGGCAUUACGCGCGUGGGCUCGGCAGAGGCUAACAUCCCGCAGGACAUUCAGCUGAUCGGCAUACACAUCUACAACGAGCACUGCAUCUUCGAGAACAGGGAGGGCGUGGUGAUGCUGAUCCCCAAUGACGGCGCGCUCUGCUACGUGAAUGGGCGGACCAUCACCCAGCCAGUGGUGCUGAGGACCGGCAGUCGCGUCAUCCUCGGCAAGAACCACGUGUUCCGCUUCAACCAUCCCGAACAGGCCCGGGAGCGGAGGGAGAAGUCUCCCAGCCGAGAGACCACCCCCAGCAGCGAGUCGGUUGACUGGCAGUUCGCCCAGGUGGAGCUGCUCGAGAAACAGGGUAUCGACUUGAAGAAGGAGAUGGAGAAGCGUCUGGAAGCGAUGGAGGAGCAGUUUAAAAAGGAGAAAGAGGAGAGCAAGCUGCAGUUUGAGAAGGAGCGGAAGAACUACGAGGCCAAGAUUGACGCGCUGCAGAAGCAGGUGGAGGAGCAGACGAUGACCAUGUCCAUGUACUCGUCCUACACGGCCACCGACGACUUCGCGCCGGAGGAGGACGUUUACGUGAACCCUCUGUUUGAGAACGAGGUGAGCUGGACAGACCGCGACUUCCAGCUGGCGGCCACGUGUUUCCAGAAGUGGCGCUACCACCAGUUCACCUCGCUGCGAGACGACCUCUGGGGCAACGCCAUCUUCCUCAAGGAGGCCAACGCCAUCAGCGUCGAGCUCAAGAAGAAGGUCCAGUUCCAGUUCACGCUGAUGACGGACACCAUGUACAGCCCGCUGCCGGCCGAACUGACGCCCUCAGCAGAGGACGAGCUGGAGGCGGCCGCCGAGGGACGCCCCUACCCGCGCACCAUCGUCGCAGUCGAGGUCAAGGACCAGAAGAACGGAGCCACUCACUUCUGGAGCAUCGAGAAACUGCGACAACGUCUGGAACUGAUGCGCGAGAUGUACCACAACGAGGCGGAUCUGAGCCCCAGCUCUCCGGACCACAGCGUCGACAACGUCACCGGCGGCGACCCGUUCUACGACCGCUUCCCCUGGUUCAGGGUCAUCGGCAGGGGUUUUGUGUACCUGAGUAACCUGCUGUACCCGGUGGCGCUCAUACACAAGGUGCCGGUGGUUAACGGUAACGGAGACGUCAAGGGCUACCUGCGCGUGGCCGUCCAGGCCGUACUGGACGAGGACGGGCUGGAAUGCUCCUCUGGCGUGCGCCAGUCGGCUCGGAUCACCUUCAGCGACGACCAGCUGGCGGCACGGCCGGCCGGCGCGCGCGGACCGCCGCCACUAGGAGAGGACGCGUCCGUAGAGGCCGGCGCGCUCACACGAGACGGUGAGACGGACGCGGACAGCGGUCGCGGCGACUCGGAGAAAGAGGCCGAGGAGCAGCUGCCGGCCCACCUGACGCCCGGCGCCGAGUUCACCUUCCGCGUCACCGUCCUGCAGGGCAUGGGCAUGCAGAGCGACUACUCGGACGUCUUCUGCCAGUUCAAGUUCCGACAUCGCGAUGACGAGGCGUUCUCGACAGAGCCCAUCAAAAACUCCGGGGCGGCGCCCAUCGGCUUCUACCACGUCCAGAACAUCACUGUGACGGUGAGCCGGUCGUUUGUCGAGUAUCUAAAGACGGAGCCGCUGGUGUUCGAGGUGUUCGGCCACUACCAGCAGCACCCGCUGCACAAUGACUCGCGCAUGGACUCCUGCCUCCGUCCGCCGCCGCGUCGUCUGCAGCCGCUGGCCAUCCCCAUCAGCCAGCCGGUGCGCUCGUCCAAGUUCGGUCCGCUGCAGCAGCCGUGCUCCGCCCACGUGCACGCCCGGCACGACAUCCUCGUCUGGUUCGAGAUCUGCGAGCUCGCGCCAAGCGGAGAGUACGUGCCGGCCGUGGUGGAACACCAGGACGAGCUGCCGACGGGCGGUCAGUUUCUGCUGCACCAGGGCAUCCAGCGCCGGCUGAGAGUCACCGUGGUGCACGAGCGUAGCGCAGAGAUCAACUGGAAGGACGUCAGGGAACUGGUAGUCGGCCGUAUCCGCAACACGGUGGAGUUUGAAGAAGAGGACGAGAACGACACGAGCGUGCUGUCGCUGGGCCUGUUCCCCGGCGAGUACAUCGAGUACGCAGGCGACUCGCGGACCAUCUUCCGGUUCGAGGCGGCCUGGGACUCGUCUCUGCACAACUCUGUGCUGCUGAACCGCGUGACGCCGUAUGGAGAGGUGGUCUACAUGACCAUAUCAGCCUACCUGGAGGUGGCCAACUGCGCUCAGCCGGCCAUCAUCACCAAGAACCUGUGUAUGACCAUCUACGGUCGUGAGGCGCGCACGGCGCCGCGCACCUUCCGCCGGCUGUUCCUGGGCGGCCUGCGGACCAGCGACGCCAACCGGCUGACGGGCGUCUACGAGCUCAGCCUGCGCCGCGCCGCCGACGGCGCCGGCGCCAGCCGUCGUCAGCGGCGCGUGCUCGACACGAGCGUGCAGUACGUGCGCGGCGAGGAGAACCUGGAGGGCUGGCGGCCGCGCGGCGACAGCCUGCUCUUCGAGCACCAGUGGGAGCUGGAGAAGCUGACACGGCUGCAGGAGGUCGGCAGGAUCAGACACCUGCUGCUGCUGAGGGAGAAGCUCGGCCUCGACCGGCUGCCCUGUCUCGGACACGAGUUCAGCAAGUCCGAGAAGGACGUGUGUAACCAGGUGGCCAAGGCGAGCAGCGAAGGCCGGCUGACGUCUGUGACCGCCCCUCCGGCCCGCACCCCUCCCGAGGACGUGUACGAGCCCUGGCAGAUGACGGAGCGGGAGCGGUACAUCGCCUCCAAAUACGUCGGACUCAUACUGGGCCACAGCGUGCAGACGCUGCCCAGCCACCCGCCGGUGACCUCGGUGGAGCCGCCGACCUCGCCGGUCGCCGGCGAGCUCCUCUCUCCAGACAAGCCGCUGUGGAGCGGGGAGCGGCCCAACACACUGGCCACCGACGGCCCGCUGCGCCGGCCCGCCGGCUCGCCGCUGCCCUCGCCCGGAUCGCCGAUGGUGCUGGCCGGUGCCGAGCGGCCGGCGGCGCCCCAGUUCUGCGCAGAGCUCGAGGAGAUCCGCGUCUCGCCGGCCGUCAGCCGGCGCGGCCUGCUGCAGGUCUACGAGGAGCAGACGCAGACCUGGCUCAAACGCUGGCUGGUGGUGCGGCGGCCGUAUGUGUUCCUGUUCCGUGACGCCAAGGACCCGGUGGAGCGCGGGGUCAUCAACCUGGCCACGGCGCAGAUCCAGUUCAGCGAGGACCAGCAGGACGACGUGCCCAACUCGUUCAGGGUGUCGACGCAGCAUCGGCAGUACCUGCUGCAGGCGGUCGGCAAGGACCCUGUCCGGGAGCUGUACGAGUGGCUGUACGCCAUGAACCCACUGCUGGCCGGGCAGAUCAGGUCCAAGCAGGGCCGCCGACGCCGGAUCUCCGGCAGUCGUAACUCCAUCCUGGACUCCCAAUGAGACGAGCUCAGCGCCGGCGCCCUGCCCGAGUGCGCGGUCGCCUAGUGCGGCCCGCCGCCGGCCGUCUGGCGCGGCCCGCCGCCAGCCGCCGCUCCGUCUCACUCGCUUCGUCCGAUCUCCCCCAGAGCUUUAUUUGCCGGCUGACGCGGUGCGUGUCGGUCUCAGAAACUGGCGCCCAACGUGGGGCCGUCGUUUGGUUGUGUUUCGCUGUGUUUUGCGGUGUGGACGGCGGUCCAGGUGCUAAUACGUGGCGCGGCGCUGAGCUCUGAUAUCUCCCUAGAGUAUGGUAGUGCUGGCAGUGAUGAAGAUAGACAAUACAAUGAGGCUGGAACAGGGCCCUCGCUUAGGUCCUGUGCUAUUGCCAACUAUUCGAAGGCACGAUCGACCCGACUCGUGUGAUGCGAGACGCGGUUUGACCGCGGCGACUCUCGAGACUCUGAAUGAAUGUAGACUUCUAGACGCCUCUCUGCUAAUGUGAUCUGCUUAGUGAAACUUGGAAACUGCACUAGGUUAAAUUAGCCUUGGUGAGAUAGAUGCGAGAGAUGUGAACUAUUCACUAUGGUAUCAUGUGUACUUUUGAACAAUAUUUAACUGACUUAUGUUAGUCAAUGCCGAAGUAUUUGAAUAUCUAUAUUGAAGUGGUAAAAUGGACGAAACUAGUGUUAUUUAUAGCUUUAACUGUUGUUACGUUUUACGACCUUAUGCGUUCAGGUUUUUGUCUAUUUUAUCAUGUGAGCGUUUCGUUUUGAUGCUUUUGUCCUACUACUUAUGCGUUAUGAUGGCUUAUCCAUAAGGUAGUGCUGGUCAAUAGCUUAUUCAAACAGGCGUAUUAUCGCUGUCUUUCAGUUGCACCCUGGUCUUGAAGCAAUCGUUUUACACGAGCAUGCAGUGCGGAGGUCUCUGGGGUGACUACCAGAGCUGGGCCUGUUCAGGCCGGAAUAGGGUCCGGAUGAGGGCGGUGUCCGCCCACCCGGAGCGCGCGGGACCGCGGGGCUUACGCUCUGUCCUCGGUGUAUGUCAUUGUUGCCGAUCCGGCGGCGGCAAUCCCUGCUGGAAUACACGGCUUCUCGACGUGA